AUGACUAUAGAAAUCCCAUCUUCAAUUCCGACUGCGGUACCAAUUGGGUCUGCUAUUUUCAAAGAUGAUUGUAUGUUCAGCUUUGAUACGGCUGAGAACAAUGUUAACGGAUUAGAUGUUUGCCUCCAUUGCUACCAGGGGUUCUCCAGAAGACCAGAAAGAAGCUUUACCCAUGAACAUGCAGUAAAGACAGGCCAUAGAUACUUUUUAAAUAUCACCAAAACAAUCAAGUCGGCACAAGCUUUUGGUGGUGAUGAAAGACAAACCAAAAUUGCAAAGUUAGAGGUCAAAGACGUUAAAGAUGCGGAUAUAUACGACAUUCGAUAUGGUUUAUAUGAUGAUGAAAGUAAGGACACAGUGAGUUUGGAUCAAUUGAGUCCAGAAUUCCAAUCGUUAAUUGAUACGAUCAUCAACAGUAACUCUUCUGGGAAAGAAGAUGAAAUAAGUUCUUGGGAGCAACAGAUCUUCCCCUGUGAACAUACCAUUGAUCUUCACCAAGAGGAUGUAAGCACCAACAUUGACUUGGGUAAGUGUGGACAAUGUGAAUUGAAGGAGAACUUAUGGAUUUGCUUACAUUGUGGUCAUCUUGGUUGUGGUAGGCAACAAUUUGGAUCUGAUCUCAAGGGUAAUGGUCAUGCUCUUGACCAUUACAGUGGAUCUGGCCAUCCUGUGGCGGUGAAAUUGGGGUCUUUAAAUGCUGAUGAUGAAGAUAAAGCUGAUGUUUAUUGUUACAAAUGUAACGAUGAAGUUAAGGUUCACCAAUUGGCUCAGAAGCUAAUGAAAUACGGUAUCAACAUUAGGAAUGCCAUUAAAAGUGAAAAGAAUUUAAUUGAGUUAAAUCUAGAUCAAAAUAUUAACUGGCAAUUCCAAUUAGAUGAUGUAAAUGGUGAAAAGCUCCAACCAAUCUUUGGCCCUGGUUUAACUGGAAUGAAAAAUCUAGGUAAUUCUUGUUAUUUAAACACGGUUGUUCAAGCACUUUUCAGUUUGGAUGGAUUUAAAGAGUAUUUCAAACAACGAUCGUUUCCAGAAAGUCACCACAGUGACCCAAGUAAAAGUUUAUUAACUCAAUUGUUGAAGUUAUAUGAUGGUUUGGAAAGUGGAAGAUACUCUAAACCAUCAUCGAGUGGAGAUUCUUAUCAACUGGGUAUUAAACCAAAUACUUUUAGUAAAAUUAUAGGAGAAAACCAUCCUGAAUUUAAAACCCAAAAGCAACAAGAUGCUUAUGAAUUCUUACUUUAUUUGCUUGAUAAAAUCGAUCAAGAAUUUGGAAUUGGUGUAAGUAAAGACUCAAAGUUUUUACUUUAUAACAAGACCGUUUGUACCAAUUGCAAUAAUGUCAAUAUUUCUCCUGAACUAGUUGAUAAUUUAUCCAUCCCAAUUGAAGAUAAAGUGAUUGGAAUAGAUGAACAAGACAAGUCCACCAAAAUUUAUGAACCAGUUGAUCUUUUACAGAGCUUAGAAGCUUUCUGUAGAGAUGAACCAAUUGAAGGGUUCCAAUGUGAUAAUUGCAACACUACUUCUAUAGCCACGAGAUCAACCAGUUUUCGAACCCUUCCCAAAGUUUUAAUCAUCAACACCCAAAGAAUAAAGUUGGUGAAUUGGGUACCUGUGAAAGUCAAUGUUCCUAUUACCUUUUCAGAACCUAUUGACAUUGAAAAUGUGAUUAUUUCAUCUGAAGAUCUUAAAGUAAAUGUUUCUUCUGAACCAAGAAAAACCACUUUUGAACCUAAUACUGAAGCACUUGAAAUGUUGAAAGCAACAGGAUUCCCUGAAAAUAGGUGUAUCAAAGCAUUGCAUGCCACAGGAAACAACGAUGCUGAAAGUGCCAUGAAUUGGUUGAUUGAACAUAUGGAAGAUCCAACCAUUGAUGAACCAAUGCAAUUAGAAGGUCCAAAUUCAAAUGAAUCUUCCGCAGCCAAUGAACAGGAUAUCGACACUUUAAUGGCUAUGGGCUUUGACAAAAAUAUAGCCAUUGCAGCUCUUAGAAGCAACAACAAUGACUUAACCAGAGCCGUUGAUUGGAUCUAUGAGAACCCUGGAGGAGCUCCUACAAAUGAACAACAGGCUACAACUACCAUAAACCUUAACCAAGAGAAACAGUCCCUUACCGAAAAGCUUCUAGAAUCACCAAUACCUGAUCAUACCAAAUACCAAGUUAAAGCCAUUAUUUGUCAUAAGGGUUCUUCCCCACAUACGGGCCAUUAUGUGGUUUUCAUCAAGAAGCUUAUUGGUGACGAAUGGAAAUGGGUUCUUUUCAAUGAUGAAAAGGUAGUGUUAUAUCCAGGCAUUGAUUCCUCUGAAGUGUCAAACAAUGGGUAUAUUUAUAUUCUUGAAAAGGUCUAA